CAUAACUCAGUACAACCGCCACCACCUGCUCCUGCGCUCUCCACAUUUCUUUCCUACGAUGCAGAUGUACCGCAUUCCAUGUCAUUGCUAGACGGCUCACUGGUGGCCCAGCAAUUGGAAGAGGCUUCAACGUCCGUCAAUAACACCACCGCUGCUGCCGCUCAAUAUUUACACAAUGCAGCGGCGGCCACUGCCACAUCAGCAUUGGCUGCUGCAGCAGCCGCUGUUAAUUCAACAUUUCUAGAUGAUACCGGCGGCGGUGGCAGUGGCAAUGACACUAUGUCCGAUUCGAGUGGCGAUUGGCUGGACGAUUUGGCAUUGAUAAUGAAGGCUUCCGUAAUGUUGAUAAUCAUUAUUGCCGCCAUAUUUGGAAAUUUACUUGUUAUUAUUUCUGUGAUGCGUGUUAGAAAAUUAAGAAUCAUAACGAAUUAUUUUGUAGUCUCCUUAGCCAUGGCUGAUAUUAUGGUCGCCAUAAUGGCCAUGACAUUUAACUUUAGUGUACAAGUAACGGGACGCUGGCUUUUCAGUCCAUUCCUAUGCGAUUUGUGGAAUAGUCUGGAUGUCUAUUUUUCAACUGCAAGCAUAUUGCAUUUAUGCUGUAUAUCAGUCGAUAGAUAUUAUGCCAUUGUUAAGCCUUUAAAAUAUCCCAUCAGCAUGACAAAACGUGUCGUCGGCAUUAUGAUACUCAAUACAUGGAUUUCGCCAGCCCUGCUCUCAUUUCUGCCCAUUUUCAUUGGCUGGUAUACCACCGAUCAUCAUAAGAACUAUGUGAAAUUACAUCCGGAUGUGUGCUCCUUUAUUGUGAAUAAACCCUAUUGUGUCAUCUCAAGUUCGAUAUCAUUUUGGAUACCCUGUACGAUAAUGAUAUUCACCUAUUUGGCUAUAUUUCGUGAGGCGAAUCGUCAAGAGAAACAGAUGAUGAUGCGGCAUGGCAAUGCAAUGCUGAUGCAUCGUCAUUCAACGGUGGCGGGAACUGGAAGUGAAGCUCUAAGCGGUUCUGGUUCCUCGAAACAAUUGACAAUGCACGAGGUCGAACAGGAUCAUACACCGACCAAAGAUAAACAUUUAAUUAAAAUGAAACGAGAACACAAGGCUGCAAGAACAUUAGGUAUAAUCAUGGGUACAUUCAUACUCUGUUGGCUGCCAUUCUUUUUGUGGUACACAAUUACCACACUCUGUGAUGAAUGUGAUGUACCCGAAAUUGUGGUGGCCAUACUCUUCUGGAUUGGCUAUUUCAAUUCGACACUGAAUCCACUGAUAUACGCUUAUUUCAAUCGUGACUUUCGAGAGGCAUUUCGAAAUACCCUGCAGUGUUUGUUUUGCAAUUGGUGGCGUGAUCGACACAUGGCGCUCGAUAUGGAUAUGCGGCGGGGCAGUAUGCGCUAUGAUAAUCGGGCGAAAAGUGUCUAUUCGGAAAGCUAUUUGAAUGCUAGCCACGCCCAGAGGCGUACCAGUCAACUAGUCGAAAGUUUAUAAUGUAGGGAUGGGGCGCUAUUGGCGCCUACACCCACACCCACAUCAGCAUCAAUGCAAAAUCUCCAUUUGUUGGGUACUGGCGGCGGGGGUAGCGGUGGCUC